AUGGGGAUUCCCGAGCAGCAGAUUGGGUACUCGCCCUACCAAGAGAUCGAAGAGCUGAGGCACAAGAACCGAACACUGGAAAAAGAGAAGUUUGAGAAGGAGUUGGAGUCACGCAGGCAGAUUCGAGAAUUGGUUCGCCAGGAGGAGAUCAGGAUCGCUGAAUUGACAAGUGACUACGAGGCAAGGCUGAAAAGGAGGAUGGAAGAAUUUGAACAAAGAGAGGAGGAGCACAUGGGUGUGAUCAACCAUCUGAGGCAAGAACUCAGGCAAAAAGACAGGGUGACCAGCCAGUGCGAGCAGGAAAUCAGGAAAAAGGAUGCAAAGCUUGCUGCUUACAAGAAAAACAUUUCAGAUAUGAAAAUGCAGGUUACAGAGACACAAGAACAAGUUGUGGCUCUGAGGAAGAGGCAGCAGAGUCUGAAUGAUGGUCACACAAAUGCUGCCCAUACGGCAGCCUUGGAGGAGGAGAUUGGGGCCCUGCGGACAAGGGUGCUGGAGGCACAGAAGCAGCUGGAGGAGUUCCGCCAAAGAGAAAAGGAGUUAGGAGAGCAAGUCAGCCGUGUGAAGCAGGAACGUGAGGCAAAGGACAGAAAUUUCACUAGGAUUGUCAACCACCUCAGGCAGGAGUUGAUGAACAGGGAUGCCCAGCUCGCUAUCUACAAGAAGACCCCUGAGGAUAUGCAAAGGAAGAUGCUGGAGGGACAGAAGGAGCUGGCUGAAUUCCGCAAGAGGGAGAAGGAGUUGAGAGACCGUGCCUGCCUCCUCAAGAAGCCAAAAUGUUGA